AUGGUUGUUUCUUCAAAAUUUAGUAGCAAAGGUCAAGUUAAAUCCAUAAGCUUGCCUAGCAGAUCGCAUCCGACGACUGUUAGGAUCGAACAGGAGCUUAACGCUGCGAAAACUGCUGCGGCGGUUGCAGCGUCGAAGCCGUCCGUGGACAACAUUUGUAUCGGUUUGUUAUGUCUGGCGGAAUUGUAUAAAUGUAUGGAUGAUCUUUUAAACUUGUCCGCCACUCGAGUUUUGGUAACCGGAGAGCAAAAUAAGAAGUGGGUGGAAGAGUUGGUUGAAGAGUCGGUUAGUUUGUUGGAUGUUUGUUGCAGUGUGAGGGAUAUGGUUGCACAAAUGAAAGCGCACGUUAGAGAUGUGCAGUCUGUUUUACGCAGGCGAAAAAGCGAGUUGAGCAAUGAGAAGAGUGUUAUUAACUACAAUUGUUUUAGAAAGAAGAUGAAGAAGGAUGUUAAAAUGUUGGCUGGAUGUUUGAAGCAAGUUGAUAACAUGACAAGUGGUGGAUCAGUGGUGGUUGACUCAAACAAUCACCAUCUUGCGGCGGUGAUGAAGGCGGUGAUUGGAGUUAGUGAAACCACAGUUUCGGUUUUUGAAUCUUUGUUAUUGUUGUUAUCAUUGCCGAAUUCAAAGCCUAACAGAUGGGCGAUUGUGGUAUCGAAGUUGAUGCAUAAGGGGAUUGUCGCGUGUGAAGAUCAACAAGAACAUGGGAUUGGGAACGAAUUCGAUAGCGUAGAUGAUGCAUUGCAAAGUUUAUGCAAAAAUGGAUCAUCAAUGCAACUGGAAAAGAUGCAAAUUGCAAAAUGUAGAUUGGAAAUGUUGGAAAGUCAGCUUGAAUAUAUGGAAAUUAGGUUGGAAUGUGUGUUUAGGAGGUUAAUUGGAAGCAGGGCUACUCUGCUCAACAUCAUAUCAUUGUAA